AUGAUAAUAAGGCAGCUCGGUUCCCGAGCCAUGAGCAGUAUGGCGACAAAGACGGUGCCCAUCCCACGCAGGGGCGUCGACUACAGAGGAAAGGUGGUGCUUGCACCCAUGGUGCGCAGCAGCGAGCUGCCGUCGAGGCUCAUGGCGCUUCACUAUGGCGCUGAUCUGGUAUGGGGUCCCGAGACGGUCGACUACUCCAUGAUCGGCACCACGCGCCGCCUCAACCCAAAGACCAAGGUGCUGCAGUGGACGCGGCUGCAGAACAACGGCCAGAAGCAGGCGCCUCCCGACGCCAAGGAGAACGCCAUGUUCACGAUGCACCCGGAUCUCGAGGGCAAACGCCUCAUCUUCCAGCUGGGGUCGGGCGAUCCGCAGCGCGCCGUCGCGGCCGCGAGCCUGGUCGCCAAUGACGUGGCCGGCAUCGACCUGAACGCGGGGUGCCCGAAGCCAUUCAGCACGACGGGAGGGAUGGGCGCGGCGCUGCUCAAGGACCCGGACCGGCUGGUGGCCAUACUCGAGGCGUUGGUGCGCGAGGUCGCCCCCGCGGCCGAGAUCGGCAUCAGCGUCAAGAUCCGCCUGCUGGAGACGGCCGCCGAGACCGAGGCCCUGGUCCGGCGCCUGGUCAAGACGGGCAUCACGGCGCUGACGGUGCACUGCCGCACCACGCCCAUGAGGCCGCGCGAGCCCGCCAUCCGCGGCCAGCUGCGCAUGGUCGCCGACGUCUGCCGCGAGGCUGGCGUUGCCUGCCUGAUGAAUGGCGACGUCAAGGACAGGGACGAGGCCGUCCGCCUCGCCGCUGAGUACGGCACCGACGGCGCCAUGAUCGCCAGGGCCGCCGAGACGAACCCGAGCUGCUUCCGCGCCGGGGCCGACGGCGGCCUCGCCCCCUGGACCGAGACCGUGCCCAUGUUCAUGAGGCUCUGCCUCGACAUGGAGAACAAGUUCUCAAACACAAAGUACCUGCUCGGCAACAUGAUACCCGGCAAGGCUCCAGAGUUCCGGUCCGCGCAGCACGGCAAGACAUAUGUGGCCUUGUGCGAGGCCUUGAAUCUCGAAGACCUCGUCGAACAGGCCAGGGCCCUGGACGACAAGCUGGGACUUACGGAAAGACAGGAAAAGUCCAAACCAGCGGCCGCUUUGGAGAAGAAGAAGAAGGAGGGCAGUCGGUGGCAUCAGAAGGAAGAGAAGGAGAAGCAGAAACAGAAACAGAACAACCCCGCCGCUCUUGCUUCCGGUGGCAACAUGAGCAAGGCCAGGGAGGCGAGCGCAAAGCCGCGCAAGCUGUUGUCUGAAAGGGGCGUGGGGUCGCGGCAAGAAAAUUCACCUAUCACAAAAGCUCCGGCGCUGGAAUCAGCGACGUUGAACACCUAG